CCUAACGCGUUUUACGAGAAGGCGCUUUUCAGAGCAGACACAGAAAAUGGAAAAUGCUCUGACGGGUGGAAAAAAGGCGAGCUGGCGUUUAUCGUAAAUAGUUCUGCGAUAAAAAUGAUAAUGUGUCUCCCUGGCGCAUAGUGUUAUGUUCUUGAGAUAAAGAAAGUGUGGUGCGUCAAGCGAGACGUGUGGUUGUAAUCUAGUCAGUAUGUCGGCUCCGAAACACGACAAUGUUUUGUGUAGCCGCCCUUAACCCAGCAGACUACACUAUUGAAAAAUAAUUGGUCUUUUCCUGGCCAUCUUGAAUGAAUACUAUUGUCAAAAAGUGAGAGAUUGUUGGUACGUGAAACAGUUGUGAACCAUUAACGUUCUUGGUGCCAGGAUGUCUGGAGGUGAACGCAAAGUUAAGCGACCCAGAGCUCAAGGAUGGGAAGAAGCUGGUGGAGAAUUUUACCAGGAGAGCUACCCUGGAUGCGAGGCCGAUCUUGACUCUAUGCAUCAAAAUCCUUCUAACAUUGCAACUCUGUUGCCGAGCAAACAGAAUCGGACCGCUACAUAUUCCAAAAAAUAUGAUACGAAAGGCACUCUAAGGAGAAGAACUGCUUCAAGAUCCCAAUGUCACAAUACUAUUAGGAGACCCUCGAUGGCUCCUGUGUCACAGGCAGCCACUGAUCUCGGUGCAUUGCUGCCUGACCUUUCAGAAAAUUUAUCAAAUGAAGAGCGGACAUGGGAGGAAAUAAUGCAAAUCAAAGCCAUGCCUGUCAGCAUGGCUCAAAAGAAAGAACACAAAGCUAAACUGCAGAGCCAAACAAAGUUAAGACUUCAGGGAAUAGAACAACUCAAAUGGCAGCGGCGUAAGAUGUGGCAGCAGUUGAAAAAAUCUUGGUCUGAAACAUUGGCUAAGAUGGAUAUUUGGAGACUCAGUAUGAAGGAGGUUGAAGGAGAUUUUGGAACAGGAGUGGUGGCAUAUUUCCUUUUUAUUAAAUGGCUAAUGCUUCUUAAUCUUGGAAUUUGCCUCCUAAUGGUUGUAUUUAUUGUUUUACCUGCUCUAUUGCUUAAGCCUGCUGAGCAGCCACAAGAAUGCAACUUGAGUAGCAAUGUGUCAGGUUCAGGAUCCAUUGAAUGCUGUUCUGCUAAGUAUGCAAACUCAUCAUCUGAAGCUGAAAAUAUUGUAAUACAAAUAGUUCAAGGAAGAGGCAUUGUGGAACAUACACAAGCAUUUUAUGGAAUUUACCCCAAUGUGGUGCUUGAUCUCAACUCUUCAGCUGGUCUUUAUUAUGACAUGCCUUUGGCAUACAUCAGUGUUGCAUUAACUUUUAUGUUGAUAAGUCUUGCUGCAAUUGUUAAGUCUGCUGCCAAGGGAUUUAAAGAACGUCUUGUUGAAGGUGAAGGACAGUUCUAUCAGUAUUGCAAUAUAAUAUUUUCCAGCUGGGAUUUUUGUAUUAAUAACGAGAAGUCUGCAAAUAUUAAACAUAAAGCAAUUUACUAUGAAAUAAAGUCAAGCUUGGAAUCUGAGAGAAUUGAAGAGGAGCGAAUAACACGAUCAAAAGAGGAGAGAUUCAAAUUGUUUUCUGUCCGAAUACUUGUAAAUGUUGCUGUGAUUGUGCUAAUUACCGGAGCACUUUACCUAAUAUAUGCUGUUUUUGACUUUUCGGCACGAACACAAAACGAAGAUUUCAUUGCCAAAAACGAACUUCUCAGGCUCUUAUUUGAGUUUCUGCCAUCACUUUGCGUUGUUGGACUGAAUUUAAUCAUCCCCAUAGUUCUGGGGAUGAUGGUCAGCCUAGAGAGGUAUUCUCCUGUGCUUGUAAUUAGGAUGACACUGAUGCGUACAGUUUUGCUACGUCUUUCUUCUCUUGGUGUGGUACUGUUGUCAUUCUAUCGUCUCUUCAAAUGUGAUCCCUGCAAAAGUGAGGGACCAGAUGAGAAUUGCAAGGCUCCUGCAUGUUGGGAAACACAUGUUGGGCAACAAUUUUAUAAGCUGAUGCUUGUGGACUUUUUGUCACAUAUUGCUGUAACAUUUAUUGUUAAUCUUCCAAGAGGCCAACUUGCAAAGUACUCCCGUAAUUCAGUCAUUACCUAUCUGUGUGAACAACAAUUUGACUUGCCCAAACAUGUUCUUGAUGUUGUCUACAUCCAGACCUUAUGUUGGUUGGGUAGUUUCUUUGCUCCUGUUCUGCCUCUUCUCGCCUUUGUGAUCUUCUUUUUCAUGUUUUACAUAAAGAAGUUUGCCUGUCUUGUUAACAGCAAGCCCUCUACAAUUCCAUAUCGAGCCUCAAGAUCAAAUUCUUUGUUUAUGGCUGUGCUAUUGCUUUCAUUUGUAGUCAUGAUUCUUCCUUUAGGCUAUACAAUUGCAGAAUGGCAACCUUCCCGGUCAUGUGGACCAUUCCGAGGCCAAACAACAGUUUGGUCAGUAAUUGUGAGAACUUUCUUGUCUUCCCCACUUUGGCUCCAACAUAUUGUGUUCUUCUUUAGUACAGCAGGAUUCGCUGUACCUGCUUUUGUGACUCUUGUAUUAUGUUUAUACUACUUUUAUGCAGUGUCUGCAGCCAACAAACACAUGGUGAUUGUUCUCAAGAAUCAGUUGGUGCUGGAAGGCAGAGACAAGCAGUUUCUGCUGCACAGGUUAAGCACAAUCAUCAAACAACAACAAGAGCACCACAAGGCAAUGAGGGCUGCCGCACAGAGUGUUCAAAUGAACAGUACAGACAUCUCAAGCAGUACGUAGAACACACUAUCAUAAAUUUAUAAAGGGAAAAAAGAUAUAUCACCACUGCUUAGUAGGGAAGUGUAAUUGUGGCAAUAGUGUAACUAUACUGUCUCAACCCAGUUGUGCCGUCUGUUUGUAAAGUCCAGGUGUGAUUUUAUUUGGUCGAGUUUGUCUGGAAUGACAAAUGGCAUAUUGAUAUUAGAAUGGAAGUAAUCUAUUUCCACUAGUCAGUUUUCAAUUUAUUUUAAUUUUUGAACUGUUGUGUGUAACACUACCACGAGGAAGUUUUUAAAUGGAGAACUUUUGUAGCCUUUCUAGAAAAGUAACUGUUAGCUUUUUUUUUAUAAAACAAUUUUGUUUAAAGAAAAGAAUGCAAAAAAAAAAAAAAAAAAGGAUAAAAGAAGGGUGUGCAAAAGUUAUGUAAUUCUCUUAUACUUACAGCUGCUCAAUCAAAGUGAUCCAAAGAGUUUUUUUUCUUUGAAACAGUAUUGUCUCAUUUACUGUGUUCAGAAAUGUUUUGUUUUUUUAAAUUUUAAAUGAUUGCCAUGAAGGUUUUAGAAAGAAUGCUUGGUUGUGUCUUUUGAUUGAUUGAUGCUUUUGCUGCUCACUGGUAUUGUGUAAAAUACCACGUGGGCCUAUCUGGUGCAUUAUGUUUUUCUCACAAAGCUGUAUACCAAUUGAUCAAAGCAAAAUAAUCAAAAUGAAUCCUUCAUACUUUAGUUCCUGAAUGUUAAUAUAUAUUGGGUGCUUAUUUAUGGAGCCCUAUUUUAUGAGUUGCCAUUUUGUGAUGGAACAGUGUCCUAUUCUGUAGAACAAAUGACUACUAUUUAUAUGUAGCUUUAUAAGUCUGUCACAAAGAUGUAAAGGAUUUUUGUAGUCCCUAUGAUAUUAACUAUUUAUUACUGUAAUUCAGGGUGUGAUGUAUUGUGAGUAAAGAUUUUUAUAUCUGAGAAAGAGAAGUGCAUGUAGAGUCGUGGCUGAAAGAGUGCACAAGUAGUGCUUUCCACUGUUAAUUAUGGUUUUGUUUUCAAGAAUUGCUCUUCACCUAUGUAAUAAGAUGUAGAGCAGUGAAUUAAAACUUUCCCCUACUAAGAUGUUAUCUUUCAAAAUUCUGUGUAUUUACUCCAAAAAGUUUUAAAGUCUUCCCAGUUUUGUCAUAGUAAUGGUCUCCCACUCUUCCGCUAUGAUCUCAUUGUGUGCUGUAAACUCUACAUUGCAUAGUUUGACUCUGGUCCACAUGAAAAUACCAUUAACUUAAAGAAGGCUGAAAUUUUGCUGUGAAAAUAUUAUUAAUCGAUUGUAUCAUAAUUUUGAUAAGUUGUGAUGUGAAUUGCGUGUCCCUGAUGAAGAAAAUGUGUUGAACUUAUUGUGAGGCCGGUUUGUGAUAAUCAUCAGGCUUGUAGAAUUAAUUUGUUUAAUUUUUCUUUUCUGCAAAGGUAUCUAGACUUUCGUAAUCUGAUGCCAAAUUAUUUUCCUAAACAUCGUGUAUUUAUUGUGGCAUUAAGAUACAAUGUGUCCAUUAAGUAAAUAUGCUCCUUUGUGUUAGAAUUUAUAAUAAUUCUAAUAUGUAAGCUUAAGUAAUUGUGUAUCAAGAAAAGGUGCUUUCAACCCGAGAGGGAUGUAUCUAAAGGCAUUGUGAGGUUGUCUGAACUUUAAGGACCAUGGCGUUGGGUUUACUGUUUUCAAAGUUUCCCAAUCCAGUGUAUAUCUUUCAUCUUACUUUGACCUCAUUAUGGCUUUAUGUUGCUCUUGGGUAAGUAUCUCAAUCCCACUGCAGUAUUUAGAGGUUUAAAUUUUAUUUAGGAUAUUAAUGCUUGUUGGGCAUAUCUAUUCCUCUUCUGUGGAAAUCUUUUCAUGCUCUAAAUGUGCGGAAGUUUUUCAGUCAUUCCCCUCCAGAAGUCUUUUAAAUUGCUUGUAUGUACACUUCAUCCAAUAUUUUCACAUACAGGUAGCAUAAGAACAGCUCUGUUUACUUCAAUGCUACACUGGAUGAAGCUAUUGGUAUUUUUUUGAUCUCUCUCUUAGAUCUGAGGUUCACUCAUUCCUUAUCACUGCUGUCCUUUUGUCCCUCUUUGUUGUGACCUAUGACUGUUCUUUGCUCUAUCAUUAGGGUGUCUACUUUCUUAUGAAUAUUCUGUAUCUGAGAUUUUAUAAACUGCUUCCAAUGCUACCCCUUAGGUGUUCACUGUACAGUUUAAAUCGUUAGCACUUAAUGAUUCUAGUCCUAAAUCUCACCAUAAAUAUACUCUUUGUAUCAUAUAGAAGUUAUAAUGCUUCUUUUUAUUUUUUGAACUAAGCUGUUGUUCCUGCUAGCUUUCCUUUCAAGAAGACAUUUUGAAAAAUAAAUUGUAUGGCGCUA